AUGGAAGAUAUAGUGACAGUAGAAAAUAUAGACAAACAGGUUGCAGCUGUGGUCGAAGCAAUUCUACCGCUUGUGGAGAAUGAGGUAUGUAUGAGGAGUGCCAAACGCAAAAAAAGAGUUGUUGUUAUCCAUUUCGCCCGUGGGAACUUCGUCAAAGCCUAACAGAAAACCCUGACAUGUACAAGGAAUUUCGUCCCAUCCUUAACGCACCGGCAGACCCAGCAGCUUCGUGGAAGCCUAAACAGCGCGCACCACCAGUCGAAGCCGACAACGAAUGGCCGGACAGUCAAGAUAAUGAUUUGUUCUUCUUUCGCAUGGUCAAGUGUCCGCUGCGCAUGGAAACUCUCUGUUUUCGGGCGAAAAGCACCAUACCAAACGCUGGAUAUGGCUUGUUCCUGAAACGGCACAAGCUCGUCGAACAUGGAACUCAUCUUUGCUUGUAUUCCGAACAACCGCUCACACCGGAAGAAUUGGCACAGUCUCAGAGCUCGAACAUGUACAUGCCGGAAACAAGUAAAGGCACGUACAAUGCUGAAGAUGCGACCGGCAAUAACCUUGGUAGAUAUGCAAACCAACCAAAUGUCCUCCCUGCUCUACAACACAUCAAAGAAAUGUCGACAAAACCUCGGCUGAGUAUGAAUGAAAACGACUGGAAAGCAAUCGAAGCUCAGAUAGAUUCCACUUGCAAUGCUGAGUACAAAGUUGUCAGAAAACAGCUUGUCGUUGUCGCUAAGAUUGACCUGCAAGAAAGUGUCAACUCGGAAGAAAUCUUUACCAACUACGGAAGCAUGAGGGAUUAUUGGAUAGCGGCAGAGCGAGAGAAACCAGGUUGCUUUGGUGGUGAAAUAUCGAGCAUUGUCAGAUUUCUCCUUAACUCUCCCGAUUGUAACUGGACUGAGGCGCAACGUGCCACCUGGGGAAGCAAAUGA